AUGCGUAUGCAUCUUGCAAUUACAAUGACAUGUAUGGUUAACUCGACGGCUGUAUCACUUCUAGAGGAGGAAAUCUACUAUCCUGAGCAUUUUAACAGCUCCUCAAACUACAAUCUCAUCGAGCAGGAAACGUCAAGACCACCAAACCAGGAAUGUGAAAAGCGAGCAGAAGACGGACAUACUAUUGUUGUCGAUUAUGGAGGCACAUUGAUAUGGUCUCAUCAAAUGCAAAAUUUCAUUUUUUCUGGGACCUUCUGGGGCGCACUACUCGUUGUUGGUCCAUCAACUCUGGUAUACCAUCGCUGCUCACCUCGCCUUCUUCUCAUUGCAGCUGUAGGACUGUAUAUAGUGAGUACAGUUGUGACGCCUCUUCUAGCAAAACGCACUGGACCAACCUCCGUUUUCAUGGCACGUGUUUUCAUGGGUUUUGGAGAGGGUUUUGUAAUACCCUCAAUUAACGCCUUAAUUGCUAAUUGGUUCCCCGUUGAGGAGAAAAGUACCGUACUCGCAUUGUACACAACCGGAAAUCAGUUCGCUGGUGCUAUCGGGAAUCCAAUUGCUGCUGCAUUCUGCGCGUCAUCGUUUGGAUGGCCAGCUGUUUUCUACUUCAUUGCGAUAGUGGCGACUAUUUGGUGUGUGUUGUGGAUUUUCUCCUCGUCGGACCAACCAAGAAAAUGCAAGUGGAUGACCGUUAGAGAACGUGAAUAUCUCACUGAAAAAGUCGUUCACCGUUCUAAUCGUGCCAAUAAGGCUUCUUCUGUUCCUUAUGCGAAAAUGGUAACGUCGCCAGCUUUUCUUGCGCAGCUGCUGUGCUUUUUCAUCACUAAUGUGACCAUGACAUUAUUCCACUUCUAUGUGCCUUCUUUUUUAAAGGAUGUUCUCUAUCUAGGCGUGAUCGCUAAUGGAACUUUCUCAGCCUUACCUAAUGUUAUCAAUUUCGUGUGCAAAAUAUUCUGGAGUAUGCUUAUGGACAAGCUGAAAGUGAAAAAAGUUAUUACGCCCACAUUUGCUGUUCGUCUCUCUCAAAGUGUAGCAAGUUUUGGAUGCGCGGGAUCGUUCCUCCUAAUAGCAUUAUUGGUGGACUGCACACAAACUGUACUUGCACUCGUCCUAUUUUGUAUCAUGUAUGGUACCAUGAGCGGAUUCACUAGCGGCUUCUAUACGUCGCUGCUUUCACUUGCCCCACGUUACACUGGAGCGAUGUCUGCGCUCUCCUUAUUCGCUGGAAUGCUAGGAAGACUGGUUACUCCCGUCAUUGUUGGAUUUGUCAAGAAAACGGGAUCUCUCUCAGAAUGGCGUAUAUUGUUCUGUACGGUAGCUACACUUAACAUAGUCGCGGGGAUAAUUUUCCUAAUAUUCGGAUCAGGGGAAGUUCAAGAAUGGGGUAAGGACGACGUCAAAGAAGAGAGGAAGAAGUCAGUUGAGGGUGGCGAUAUCGCUCUUAUCGAAGAUAAACGCACUGAUUCUCUUUGUUUGUAA